AUGAUCUAUCUAUCUAUCUAUCUAUCUAUCUAUCUAUCUAUCUAUCUAUCUAUCUCUAUUGCUCCAACCCUUACCUUUCUUUACAUUUUUCUUUUUACUUUGCCUACUAUCCAUCUUACUAUCUUCUGUUUAUUGCCCCUCUUCGAUUUUUACUCUUUUACUCUAGUUUGCCUUUUUUUAACCUUCUUAAACCUGUUUGGAUCAUCAACACCUUCUCUUUUUAUUGACCUUCCUUUUCUUUUUUACUGCCCCUGCUCUACUUUUAAUAUACCCUCUUCCCUUUCUUCUUAUUUCGCUGUUGUUCACCUUUGCUUUCUUCGUAUCCUCAUCCCCAUUUCCUCUUUAUUUAUCGCCCUAUCUUCACUUUCUCUCACAUCCUCACUCCCAUAUUGGCUCUUGUCCACCUUUGACUUUUUUUUUCCGACAUUUCUUUCUCUCCUUCUUCACUUCCAUUUAUCUUCUUCACCAUCCGUUCUUGCUGGUCACUUUUGGCUUUUUUACCUCAUUUUCUUUUCCUGUUACUUCUACUUUUCGCUUUCUUUUUGUCCUCCUCAUUCUUGUUUACGAUUGCGUUGUUCUCUUUUAACCUCUCUUCUUUUUUCUUCUGCUUUCCCGCAUUCGCUUUCUUUGUGUCCUCAUCAACCUCUAUCAUUUUAUUUUUCUUGCUUCUCUUUUUUAUUCUUAUUCCUCUCCCCACUUUCUUCCCUCGCAAUUUUCUUUCUUAUUAACUGUCCAUUCUUUUCCUUUCCGUCUUCAAAAUUGUCGUCUGCUAACUUAAAUGUACUCUUCUCUCUCUUUCAUUUUCAUAAUUUUCUUCCUCUUGUCUUUAUCCAUUUUGCUGUUUCGUUUUUUCCCUUUCCUAUCUUCGCAUCCUCCUCUUCCCCUUUCACACUCCUCUUCAUUUUUCACAUUAUUUCAUUUUAUAUUUAUCUAUAUAAUUCUCUUCAUUCUUUCUCUCAACUUCAUUUCAUUGAUUCUACUCCUCCGUUACUUUCUCUUUUAUUUUUCUGGAAUUUCUUUCAUAUUCUUCCUGCAUCGUGUCUUCUACAUCGAUUUAAUAAGUUAGAUGCAAUUCAACGUUCAUUUAUCAUUUUUUUCUCAACUUUUGUUCAUUUUUCUUCGUAUAUUUCUUUUCUCCUUUUUUAUCGCUGCUCUCAUCAACGUCCUUGUGUUUUUAUUUGCUUUCUUCUCGACUUUUUUGCGUUCGAUAUAUUUCUCUCUUUUCCUUUCCCUCAUUUUCAGCAACAUUCUCCUCAUUGUUUUCCACGCUAUCAUUUCUUUGACUCUUCCGUCUCCGUCACCGUUAUUUUCUUUAUUGUUUCCCCCAUCAUGUCUUCCACUCUUUCUUCUCUCUCACCUUUAGCUUCUUUUUUGUUUCUCUUAUCAUUUCUUCCUCUCUACCUUCCCCUUCGUCUUUAUCUUUAUUGUUUCCCCCAUCAUCUUUUCUCCUCUUCAUUCUCCCUCACCUGUAUCUUCUUUGUUGUUUCUCUUAUCAUUUCUUCCUCUCUUCCUUCUCCUUCGCCUUUAUCUUUCUUGUUUCCCCCAUCAUCUUUUUCUCCUCUUCCUUCUCCCUCAACUUUAUUUUCUGUGUUGUUUCUCUUAUUAUUUCUUCCUCUCUUCCUUCCCCUUCGUCUUUAUCUUUCUUGUUUCCCCCAUCAUCCUUUUCUCCUCUUCCUUCUCCCUCACCUUUAUCUUCUUUGUUGUUUCUCUUAUCAUUUCUUCCUCUCUUCCUUCCCCUUCGUCUUUAUCCUUCUUGUUUCCCCCAUCAUGUCUUCCACUCUUCCUUCUCCCUCACCUUUAUCUUCUUUGUUGUUUCUCUUAUCAUUUGUUACUUGCUUCCCCCACUUCGUCUUUAUCUUUAUUGUUUCCCCCAUCAUGUUUUCUCCUCUUCCUUCUCCCUCACCUGUAUCUUCUUUGUUGUUUCUCUUAUCAUUUCUUCCUCUCUUUCUUCUCCUUCGCCUUUAUCUUUAUUGUUUCCCCCAUCAUCUUUUUCUCCUCUUCCUUCUCCCUCAACUUUAUUUUCUGUGUUGUUUCUCUUAUUAUUUCUUCCUCUCUUCCUUCCCCUUCGUCUUUAUCUUUCUUGUUUCCCCCAUCAUGUCUUCCACUCUUCAUUCUCCCUCACCUUUAUCUUCUUUGUUGUUUCUCUUAUCAUUUGUUACUUGCUUCCCCCACUUCGUCUUUAUCUUUAUUGUUUCCCCAUCAUGUUUUCUCCUCUUCCUUCUCUCCCUCACCUGUAUCUUCUUUUGUUGUUUCUCUUAUCAUUUCUUCCUCUCUUUCUUCUCCUUCGUCUUUAUCUUUAUUGUUUCCCCCAUCAUCUUUUCUCCUCUUCCUUCUCCCUCACCUGUAUCUUCUUUGUUGUUUCUCUUAUCAUUUCUUCCUCUCUUCCUUCCCCUUCGUCUUUAUCUUUCUUGUUUCUCCCAUCAUGUUUUCUCCUCUUUCUUUCUCCCUCACCUGUAUCUUCUUUGUUGUUUCUCUUAUCAUUUCUUCCUCUCUUUCUUCUCCUUCGUCUUUAUCUUUAUUGUUUCCCCAUCAUCUUUUUCUCCUCUUCCUUCUCCCCUCUUUUAUCUUCUUUGUUGUUUCUCUUAUCAUUUCUUCCUCUCUUCCUUCCCCUUCGUCUUUAUCUUUCUUGUUUCCCCCAUCAUGUUUUCUCCUCUUCCUUCUCCCUCACCUGUAUCUUCAUUGUUGUUUCUCUUAUCAUUUCUUCCUCUCUUUCUUCCCCUUCGUCUUUAUCUUUCUUGUUUCCCCCUUCAUGUUUUCUCCUCUUCCUUCUCCCUCACCUGUAUCUUCUUUGUCGUUUCUCUUAUCAUUUCUUCCUCUCUUUCUUCCCCUUCGUCUUUAUUUUUCUUGUUUCCCUCAUCAUCUUUUUCUCCUCUUCCUUCUCCCUCAACUUUAUCUUCUGUGUUGUUUCUCUUAUUAUUUCUUCCUGUCUUCCUUCCCCUUCGUCUUUAUCUUUAUUGUUUCCCCCAUCAUGUUUUCUCCUCUUCCUUCUCCCUCACCUGUAUCUUCUUUGUUGUUUCUCUUAUCAUUUCUUCCUCUCUUUCUUCUCCUUCGCCUUUAUCUUUAUUGUUUCCCCAUCAUCUUUUUUCUCCUCUUCCUUCUCCCUCAACUUUAUUUUCUGUGUUGUUUCUCUUAUUAUUUCUUCCUCUCUUCCUUCCCCUUCGUCUUUUAUCUUUCUUGUUUCCCCAUCAUGUCUUCCACUCUUCAUUCUCCCUCACCUUUAUCUUCUUUGUUGUUUCUCUUAUCAUUUGUUACUUGCUUCCCCCACUUCGUCUUUAUCUUUAUUGUUUCCCCCAUCAUGUUUUCUCCUCUUCCUUCUCCCUCACCUGUAUCUUCUUUGUUGUUUCUCUUAUCAUUUCUUCCUCUCUUUCUUCUCCUUCGUCUUUAUCUUUAUUGUUUCCCCCAUCAUCUUUUCUCCUCUUCCUUCUCCCUCACCUGUAUCUUCUUUGUUGUUUCUCUUAUCAUUUCUUCCUCUCUUCCUUCCCCUUCGUCUUUAUCUUUCUUGUUUCCCCAUCAUGUUUUCUCCUCUUUCUUUCUCCCUCACCUGUAUCUUCUUUGUUGUUUCUCUUAUCAUUUCUUCCUCUCUUUCUUCUCCUUCGUCUUUAUCUUUAUUGUUUCCCCCAUCAUCUUUUCUCCUCUUCCUUCUCCCUCACCUGUAUCUUCAUUGUUGUUUCUCUUAUCAUUUCUUCCUCUCUUUCUUCCCCUUCGUCUUUAUCUUUCUUGUUUCCCCCAUCAUGUUUUCUCCUCUUCCUUCUCCCUCACCUGUAUCUUCUUUGUCGUUUCUCUUAUCAUUUCUUCCUCUCUUUCUUCCCCUUCGUCUUUAUUUUUCUUGUUUCCCUCAUCAUCUUUUUCUCCUCUUCCUUCUCCCUCAACUUUAUCUUCUGUGUUGUUUCUCUUAUUAUUUCUUCCUGUCUUCCUUCCCCUUCGUCUUUAUCUUUCUUGUUUCCCCCAUCAUGCUUUCUCCUCUUCCUUCUUCCUCACCUGUAUCUUCUUUGUUGUUUCUCUUAUCAUUUCUUCCUAUCUUCCUCCUCCUUCGCCUUUAUCUUUAUUGUUUCCCCCAUCAUGUCUUCCAUUCUUCCUUCUCCCUCACCUUUAUCUUCUUUGUUGCUUCUCUUAUCAUUUCUUCCUCUCUUCCUUUUCCUUCGCCUUUAUCUUUAUUCUUCUUUUUUGUUUCUCUUAUCUUUUCUUCCUCUCUUCCUUCUCCUUCCCUCUUAUCUUUAUUGUUUCCCCCAUCAUGGUUUCUACUCUUCCUUCUCCCUCACCUGUAUCUUCUUUGUUGUUUCUCUUUUCAUUUCUUCCACUCUUCCUUCUCUUUCACCUUUAUCUCCUCUAUUGUUUCCCUCUCUCAUGUAUUCCACUCUUUCUUCUUCAUUAUCUUCUUUAUUCUUUCCCCCUAUCAUUUCAUCUACUUUUCGUUUUUCUCGUCACUUAUAUUUCAUAAUUUUCACUGUUGCUUGUCCCUCAUCUUCCCCCUUCUUUUCUCUCUAUCAUUUUUCUACGUCUUCUUUUUUCUUUUCUCGCUAUCAUUUUUUCCAGUCUUGCUUUUCACCCUCUUUAAAAUUCUCUCUCUCUCUCUCUCUCUGUCUCAUUUUUCUACACUUCUUUCUUCUCCUUCUCUAUUUUCUCUAUCGAAUAUUUAAUAUCUUUCACGCGUCCGUGUUCAUUAGUCUCCUUCACUGUUUUCUCUUACAUUUCUUAUUCCCAUCGUCUUUAUCCUCUUCAAUUUUCUCACUAUUAUUACUUCCUAUUUUCCCCCUACUACUCCUCCUACUCAUACUGCUCCUCCCUCCUCCUCCUUCUUCUUCUUCUUCUUCUUCUUCUUCUUCACUUUUUCUCUCUAUCAUAUCCUUGUUUUUCUUUUUUAUAUUUUUAUCCACUCUUCGUCCGCCACCUUUUUUCUUUUUCUUCUGUGUUUUCUCUACCAUUUCUCUCGUGCACCUUCUUUAG